AUGGUGACACCCGACACGGCUGUACUACACGGACCAUCUGGGACAGAAAUUAUCUCGACGAGUGCGACCUCAACGCAUGAAGCCGAGACGAAAGUUGCGGCAAGGCAAGCCCCAGAAACACAGGAAGCGGCUGCUGUGCAACAAGAAACAUCUGUAACAGCAGCCAAAGCAACGGAAGCAGCGGCUUCCAGAAGUGAACGUCUUGUCACAGCAGCUGCAAUCGGAUCGCCAUGUGGACGAGUUACACGGAACAUCCCGCAAGGUCCCUCCGCAAUUCCAACUGAUCAGCUCAUGCUCUACAAGAUACAAAGUAAAGCUGAGUACAGUGCACGCAGACGUAGUGCCUCUAGAGCCAGACGUGUAUCAGCUGUUCAGUCGGAGUCUCAAAGCAAAGCACCAGUUGAUGCAACACCUGCAAGAAGUACUAGUGGAGGAGAAGUAUCCACCUCACGACGAAGGAGCAAGAGCAUACCUAGAGUGUGGACCGCUAGGAGCGCACCUAAAUCGCAGUCAUCAAGUGCUGCAACUCCGCCUCCUGACCACUCUACCCGAACUGGUAUCCAAGCACCAACCGAUGUCAAAACUGCAAGAAGUACCAGUAGAGGCGACUUACAACUCCAACUGGACGUCUCAUCAAGUGCUGCAACUCCGCCUCCUGACCACUCUACCCGAACUGGUAUCCAAGCACCAACCGAUGUCAAAACUGCAAGAAGUACCAGUAGAGGCGACUUAACAACUCCAACUGGACGUAGGAGAAAGUCCAUACCAAGAGUAUGGACUGCGAGAAGUGCACCCAAAUCGCAGUCAUCAAGUGCUGCAACUCCACCUCCCGACCGCUCAAGUCAAUCUGGAGCACUAGCAGAUGUCAAUACUGCAAGAAGUGCAAGUGGAGGCAGUUUAUCAGCUUCAACUAGACGACGCAGGAGAAUGAACAUACCAAGAGUAUGGAAAGCGAAAGGCGCACCCGAAACACAGCCAUCAGCUGUUACAGCUCCACCUUCUGCACAAACAGAAGUGAAUACUGCGAGAAGUACUAGUAGACGCGAUAAGUCGACAUCAGCUGCGCGACGCACUCCAGGAGCAGGACGCCAGCCGAUAGAAGGACCGCACGAAGCACGACUGUGGGUGACAUAUCGACUUCUGCAGCGCAGUCCAAGCGCAAAGACCAAGCUUCAAGCACCUAAAUGGACUGCAAGAAGUACGUCUAAAUCACGCGCGUGGAAAAGUAGGCGAGACACGUCAACUGCGACCGCAAAAGAGCUUCAGAGCAGACGAUCGACAGAGGAACAGAGCGCGCGAAGCCGAAGCACAUCUUGGCCACCAACAUGGAGUGCAACCACUCCACCUACGGCUACUUCAAUGAAGUCUCUUGAUCGCUCGCGACAUCCGAGCACAGGAGAACCAGCACAUGAUGUUAAGACCGCAAGAAGUUCUGUGGUACGGGAAGAGACAAAAUCAGGUGAUGUUAGGACUGCAAGACGUCCUGAUGUACGGGAUGAGACACAAUCAGGCGAUCUGAGAACAGCUCAGAGCCCCAUGGUACACAAAAAAACUGUUAUCACACGCAUUACCGAUUUUAAGAGUAUAACAACUAGGACGAGAACGUGGAAUGAACCCAUAGAGCAACCACAGCAGGGAGUUAGAGCGACAACAGCGACCAAAGCCGAACAAAUGAACACAGCGGUCAAAGCGGAACAAAGUGAACUGAAAACAGCUCGUUUACCCGCCUCACCAGGACAGCCAGGACGCUCGGCAAAGACACUCACUCACACUGACUUCUUCUCACCGACAUCCGCUUCCGGAAGGAAACCAGUAGCUGGUCAGGACAAAGAAGGUUGGAACCUUGCCAGGAAUGCUAGCAGCGAUCCGGCAGCAUCUCCACGAGUGACAACAGCUCGAUCUCGAACGCCUGGUGCAGCGGCGGCGACAAGUAAAGCCAAAUCGCCGACUACCCACACGGCAAAAAGACCAUCAUCCAGUGACGUGCGCAUGGAAACUCUGGAGAAGAAGAAAAUGCAAACGCAAGGAAAAGAAAUUGAUGACAUGCUCAAGGCUCGAGCUGCUGAAAAACAGAAGGAUGGUGCAGCACCUCCACAAGAUUCACAGGCGGCCCCGCAACAACAGAGUCUCAAGCAACACCAGCUCAGACGUCAGCUGGAGGGCAAGAUCACACUCAAGGACAAACGUCACCCUGCCCGUCUGACGCGUCCCAGCAUCUGGAGCGAACAACGGUGUACACCUUUGGGCGGGCUAGCUGACAAUGGAGAGUAG